AUGGACGAAGAUGUUCUGUAUCUGUGCUCUGCUCUGAUCGUGUCUCUAUUGGCCAUUGCAUUCGUUCAGCUCCUGAAGCCGUCGUCUCCACUGCUGCCGCCAGGACCGCGUAACUUCCCGGUGAUCGGGAGCGCGCACCGGCUGGUGAACAAGCUGCCGCACCGGGCACUGCGCGACUUGGCCAACUUGCAUGGCCCGCUGGUGUACCUCCGCGUUGGGCAGGUGCCUGUGGUGGUGGUAACGUCCAAGGAGCUCGCCCGCGAAGUGCUCAAGACACACGACGCCAACUUUGCCACCCGGCCAAAGCUCAUGGCCGGCGGCAUCGUGGCCUACAACUGGGCGGACCUCCUCUUCUCCCCCACCGGCGACUACUGGCGGAAGCUCCGCAAGCUCUGCGUCCAGGAGAUCCUCAGCAACGACCGCAUCCUCUCCUACCAACACAUCAGGGAGGACGAGGUGCUGAACCUCAUCCACGAGAUCCGUGCGGCCGGGCCAUCGACGCCGGUGGACCUCACCUCAAAACUCCACAGGAUAACAAACAGCAUUGUCUCCCGGGCAGCGUUCAGUAUAAAAAGCAGCAAAGCUGACGACUUUCUGGCAGCCAUCAAGCAGAGCUUCAUCUUUUGUACCGGCUUCCAGCUCCCGGACCUAUUCCCUAGCUUCACCGGGAUCCUCAGCGUGCUCACCGGUAUGGGGAGGAAGCUCCAAAACAUUCAUGAAACCAUCGACAACAUCCUCGAGGAGAUCAUCAGCGAGAGGGAAGAAAUUCUCAAGAAUGGCAAGAUUGAUCAGGCGACCACAACGGAAAAAAAUCUGGUGGAUGUUCUCCUGAGCCUCCAGGGGAACGGGGACUUUGGCUUCCCGAUUACCCGCAGCACAAUCAAAGCAAUUAUCUUGGAUAUGUUUGCUGGUGGGACCGACACAUCCGGAUCUGCCAUGGAAUGGGUGAUGUCAGAGCUCAUGAUGAAUCCUAAGGUGAUGACGAAGCUGCAGGCCGAGAUUAGAGGGGCGUUCCACGGUAAACAAAUCAUCACUGAAACUGAUCUUCGGGCAAGUGGACUCAAAUACCUAAAUUUUGUGAUAAAGGAAACGCUCAGGCUACACCCUCCGGGUCCAAUUCUAGUCCCUCGAGAAAGCAUCGAAGCUUGCGAGAUAAAUGGAUACAUGAUACAAGCAAAAACAAGAGUCAUUAUAAAUUCCUGGGCCAUCUCGAGGGACCCACAGUACUGGGAAGAUGCUGAGAAGUUCAAGCCAGAGAGGUUCGAAGGUGGUUCCAUCGAUUUCUUUGGAAGCAAUUACGAGUACACACCGUUUGGGUCAGGAAGGAGGAUGUGCCCUGGGUAUAACUAUGGCUUGGCUAGCAUGGAGCUGACUUUGGCGCAACUCUUGCACUCGUUUGACUGGAGCCUUCCAGAUGGAAUCAAUGAAAUCGAUAUGAGUGAGACCGUGAGUUUGAGUUUGCGUAGGAAGACACAUCUUUUGCUGCGCGCAGUCCCUUAUGCAUUUGCUUCCUAAGGGAGACAUACAAUCUCAAUGAACGAA